CAAGUCUUUCAGCUUUCUGACUGCUGGCUAUUAAAGAGGGUAGUCUGAGGUGAGUUAUUUCUGCUGGAAACUGAACCACUCUUCUGACAUGGUGUUAAUAUGUACCUGCUGGAUAAUCCUGGAGGCUUAGGUGUCCGCGUAGCGUUCAGGAGCUCCGAACAAGUUAAAGGCACAUUCGAAGGAGUCAGCUGUUUCCUACCAGCACAAAGGACUGACCAGCACAAAGGACUGGUCUUGUUUGUAAGAUGGUGACGUACGUGAACCUGGGAUAGUGACUGAAGAGAGAAAAAGUUUGAUGUCUUCUUAACCUCCGACUCCGAGAGAGAUUCCUGUGAUGGCACCAGAGAUACUGACUGUCAUAGUGGCUUCAGUGUCCUGUGUAGCAUUUUGCUUAGUGAUGCUGAUGCUGGUGGUGGUCCUGUGCAGAAAAGAUCCUCUCUGCUGCAGAUUCAGACCCCUCAGAACAGAAGAAUAUACAGAUGAUCUCCCCCAUUACCACAGCAGACAUACUUUGAUGAGUAUUGCCAAUGAUGAGCACUUUGCUACCAUGAACCAGGGAGCCAUUGGACGGCAGCUUCAUGGAAGGCUUUUUAUCAUAGGGAAGCCAACUGACUACCACAUGGAGGGGUCCCUGCCGAGGCUGCCUUCCUAUGAGAGUGUUCGUAAGAAGGACAGGCAGAGACAGAUCCACAGUAUGAUCGCACAGCGCUUCAGCCUCAGUGGCUGCCACGAUGAGCCUCCACCAACAUAUGAAGAAACCCUUCGCCAGUCUCUUGAUAUUUCAUCUGCAGAUCUGCAGUCUCUGGACGUUCACCUUUCAGUCCACUCUCAAGAUGUGUCCUCCGACACCAGUGAAGACACACACAACCUCAGUCGACCAUCCACAGUGCUCCAAGGCCCAGCUUCCUGCUACUCCCCAGCACAGAACUCCAGGUUUCUGUCUGUCUGAUGGUCCCAGAUCUUUUGCCAAGCCAGCGCAUAAGGACGAGGGCUACUGUUGUUAGAGCCAAGAGAAUGACGCCAUCAGGGACAAGAAAAGCAUUUCGGGAAGGGAAUGCUUGUUCUUUGAGGCAGAGCUAUUGAUAGAUCUUUGUGAUUCUGCUUAGACGUAUUCUCAUGAUAAUGACUCUGACUCAAGCUGUAAACUCCCCAAGGGUAAGAAUAACAUACUGUAUCUCUGUAUUGUCCGUGCAAUUUCUGGUUGGUUUUACUGUUUAUUUUUCCAAGAAUGUUACAAUAAUAGGACGUUUUUAAAGGUUUGACAAAUAUGAUUCUUUAGUGACUGGUGUGAUUGUUGUUUAUUCAGUAUUUUUGCCUUUAGCUGCCUUUAGCGAACACCAUUUGCCAUAAACCAUAGCUCACUGCAGGUCAGAUGUCACGGCUCGAUAGAAGAGGUGAGUCCAUGACCAAGUUGAGGGACCACAAAUAUUCCAGACAUGUGUGCAAUAACAACAGGACAGAGAGGACUUAACGAUUUAGUUUUAGGCAGCUAAAUAUUUGGAAGAAUGACUUUAGAAGAGAAUGUUGGUGAGUUUAUGCAAAUGGACCAAACCAAUUUACAAUUGCAUACGUACCUGCCGUGUCACACUGGUAAAUUUUUAUGGGAACUGUAAUUUCUUCUGUGCUCACAAAGGAAUUGUUGUUUAACAUAAAAUCCCGGGUUCCCCUGAUAGCCCAAUGGUGAAGGCACAUGUCACAUAACGACAAUGUGACUCCUGGCAGGGGGACCUUGUUGCGUGUCAUAUUCCUCUCUCUCCCCAUGCUUCCUUUCUGUCUGCACACUGACUGUCAAAUAAAGGCAAAAGGCCAGAAAUAAUCUUUCAUUGAAAAACUGUUAAAAUUAUGAAGAUUUCAAUUUCUAUGUGGA